AUGGCGUCGGCGACACAUCCUCGCAUCUCGACCGGCAGCCUGAACGGCCGAGUCAACGGAAAUGGAACCACUAAGCGUGUCGCGGACGAUGACGACAGCGUUGCGACGGAGCAAUUCCCAGCCUUCGACCCGGCCCACGACGGCAGCGAGGACGAUCUCGCGACAAGCAAUCACAAUUACACCCACGAGCAGCCCAGUGCCUUGACGAAUGGGGCCACUAUGGACAGAACCCACGACGGCUUCGAGGACGGACAGGAUCCACCGUCACACCACGCCGCCGACGACAGCCUCGACGGCGCUGACCUCCCGCCGACACCGUUAUCCACCGUCGAGCCUGUACCCGAACCCGACUACCCGAUACGCCACCAAGAAGAAGAAGCCCUAGAAACGUCCGCCGUGACCUCGCCUUCAGUGACAUCUCCGCCCUACUGGGCGCACGGCCACACCACCGACGGCCCCGGCGGCGCAUCGCGCGCCAACCACGGCAACCAAUCCACGGAGAGCCUCGUGCCAGGCGCAAUCACCCUGCAGGACAACGAGGCGGAGGACGACGACGGCGAGCCCGCCGACCGGCAGCGCAGCUCCGAGGAGACGCGGACGUCGUACGGCCGCGACAGGAACAGGGCGUGCUGGGCCAAGAGCGUCGAGGUGACGAACUACGUGAUUGUGAAUAGUAGCGCUACCAACAUCGGGGCGUUCGUCGUCUGGAACAUCAGGGUGCAAACGCUGAGUGGCCCAUUCAUGAACAUAAGGAAACGCUACUCUGAAUUUGACGACUUCCGGCACCAGCUGGUCAGCACGUUCCCCAACUUCGAGGCGGCAGUACCGACACUGCCGCCCAAGAGCGUGAUAUCGAGGUUCAGGCCGAAGUUUCUCGAGAAAAGGAGAGCCGGGCUCCAGUACUUUCUGAACUGUAUCCUGUUGAACCCAGAGUUCUCUGGGUCGCCUGUACUAAAAGACUUCUUAUUCGCUUGA